UGAUAAAAUCCACCAUCCCCCCUGAUUCUUUUUUACAACUCCAGUACUGGUUGAUGUAAAGCACUUGAAUUGUGUUAUACAAAUAAACUUGCCUUACUUAACGUAUAAAUGCCACAUCGUAUGGAUGCCUUUUUUUUCACGUCUGUAAAAUAUGAAAUGCAGGUGAAAGGAAGUCCCAACCUUUGGACUCAGGGCCAGGUGCAGCAGCGUUUCCAGAUCGACGUCCGGAGAAUGGAGGAGCUGUUUUGUCAGGACCAGCGUCAGUCCCAGGCCAAGGCGACCAGAGGAGGGAAGACCCGGGGGUCGUUCAGAGACGCCAGAGAGGAGGUUUCCAUUCUAGACACGAAGCGGGGGAUGAACGUUGGGAUUUUCCUCAAACAGUUCAAGAGGUCCAAUCAGACGAUGGUGGAUGAUAUUCGCCAUGGCAACAGUGAGUCCUUUGGGGCGGAGCCUCUGCGAGAGCUGCUGAAGCUGCUGCCAGAGACAGACGAGGUGAGGAAGCUGAAUGCAUACGGAGACGACGUGUCCAAGCUCCCGCUGGCCGAUUCCUUCAUGCACCUGCUGAUCCAGGUGCCCAGUUACUCUGUUCGCAUCGAGUCCAUGCUGUUGAAGGAGGAGUUUCCCAGCGCGUGUGACGUCAUGAAACAAGACUUUCAGAUCCUCCGGACCGCCGUCAGAGAGUUAAUGAGCUGUACGGAGCUCCAUGCUGUUCUCCACUUGGUGCUGCAGGCUGGAAACAUUCUCAAUGCUGGAGGUUAUGCAGGAAAUGCUCUGGGCUUCAAGUUGUCGUCCCUCCUGUCUCUGGCUGACACCAAGGCCAACGCACCGGGCAUGAACCUGCUGCACUUCGUUGCUCUGGAAGCUCAGAAAAAGGAUGAGAACCUGCUGGAGUUUCCCCACAAGCUGAGCAACGUCCAGGCUGCAUCCAGGAUCUCUUUGGAAUCGUUGGAUGCUGAAAUACAGCUGUUGGCCUCUCGAGCAAAUUCAAUAGAGGAGAGCAUCCAGAGGGACACAGAGCUCCUGCAGCAGCUGGACGACUUCCUGCAGAGCGCCACAUCGUCUCUGUGUUCCCUGCGCGGCAGUCGCCAGCAGCUGACGAAGGAAGGGAGCGAGCUCAUCGACUUCUUCUGCGAAGACAGAGACACAUUCAGACUGGACGACUGCUUCAGCAUCUUCCACAGCUUCUGCUCCAAGUUCAGAGACGCUGUAAAAGAAAACAUGAAGAGGGAGGCAAAGGUAGCGGCUCGUCGCAGGCAAAUACAGGACCAGGAGGAGCAGAAGAGGCACUCCUGGGCUGGAGGCGAACAGGUGGGAGGAGCCUAUGGGACUCGGCGCAGGAGCGAGGCGGACGUGUCGUCCGCCAUGUUGCAAGACAGUGAAACCGGGCUGCUGCUGGAGCUCAUAACCCCCAAGUCCCAUGCAAGAUCACCACAUAACUCCCACAGUCCCUCUGGGCGCCCAGGGAGUCUCCGUCGUACCCGAAACUCUCCGUCCACCUCACCGUCGAUCGCAGCUGAGCGCGAACUCUGCUUUCUCCUGGAAUUAGGGUCUGAUCAAAAGAUCUCCAACCAAAAAGCAGGAGUAACAAGAACAGCUUCACCACCAGCCCCACCUGAACUUAGACCAAGACUCUUACCCCCACGGGUUAUAGAACCACAAACCACAUCAGUGACUAACUGUUUGGGUCCAGAAAACACGAAUCAUACAGCCUCAACUUACCUCAGCUGUGAUGAAGCUCAGACUUUGUUAAACACUCCAAGCAACGCUAACAAACUGAAAUUCACAAAUACCUCUGAGUCAUACCAGUGUUCUGACCACAACAACAAUGAAAAUGACCAACUCAGCCUGGGUUUUAGCAACCAGGAUGCACUUUCUUACCAAAAGACUCCAAACGACUCUGAUUUAAAUGUAGAACAGAACAAAGAUGAACACCUUUUUAGUAGACAGAUCGCCUACGGUGAGGAAAAUAUUGAAGACAACACUGCUACCACAAAAAUCAUGCCUGUGGUUUUAGAGACAUGUACACUGGUUGCUGAGCUGAAAGGGUUUGACCAGACCGGUGCCUUUAACAGCUGCCAAACCAGUCAGCAGCAAGAUGGCUUGAUUAAUACAGCUUUGGAAGACGAGGGAACGGAUAAAUCAGAAGGGCAAUUCAACUCCCAACUGAAUGGGAAUGCAGAAAAAUCGAAUGUGCUAAGGACAACACAGCAAGAGGAUGAGAGGGAUAAAGACGACAAGAUUGUGGUGUGUUGUGUGACUGGUGUGUGUGAGGUCAGUGGUGAAAACACAUUUGCACCACCAGAAAAGGAUCAAUGCAGUGGUGACAAUCAUGGAUUAAACCAGCAUGCUGCCUCUGCUCCACCAAAUCACAAGUCUUUGGAACCUCAGUCGGCCAACGUGAAGCCACCGCCUGUACCCAUUAGCAGGCAACCAGUGCCUGCCUCCCGCAGUGAUUCUGCACUUCCUACAACGUACUCCAGGCGGUGUCCGGCAGAGCCUGCAAUAGCCAAGGUAGUGUCUGUUGUCAACACAGAUGCAUCCGAGGAGGUUACAAAAGUUCCCAAUCAAGUGAAAGGAACUGAGGAGUCCGCUAAUCAAGACACCAGCACGGGACUUGUCCCAGAGCAAUCAAAAGAUGGUAGUUGUAAAAGCAAGAUGACCCCAAAGCGUCCAACUAAAGACAUUUCUUCUACUGGUAAAAAAGUGGUGCAACAAACUGGAAUCAAACCAUCAACAACCAAAACCACCUCCUCAGCAGGAAGAUCAAAGCCCAUCCGCACCCUCACCAAGUCAGAGAACCAAGACAUAAGGCGAGUUGUGCCCAUUAUCAGGACAAACCUGACUAAACAGCCUGAAAAGUCUCCAAGUCAUCUCCGAAGCUCCUGCAAAAUUGUAGUACCUCCAAGUGUGACUGUCUCCAACGGCAACAAUGUCUCCUUUCAUCAAGGGAAGAGGCCUGCAACUGCUCCUUCAUCCCUACGAUCCAAUGCCCACAAAAUCCUGGUGUCCAAGGACUUAAAAGACCAUACGUCUUCAGGAAGUCAGGCAUCUGUUCAAGAGCAGAACCAUGACUUGCAAAAGAAGUCAUCAAUCCGAAAACCUUUAAAAAAGUCCAAAAACCAAAAUGAAGAGAAGAUUUGUCGCACCACACUGCGGGCACUCUCUCUAAAUGGAGGAGGAAGCAGUGUCAGUGCUCCUGUCAGUCCUUUGCACAAAACAAGUCCUUCAUCACUCCUACCAGGUUUUGCCCGAAGUACCGCAUCCUUCUCUUUCAGACGGACCCACACUACUCUUCCUACCUCUACACCCCCUCAUCCACCCAACACUGGUUACCCCAAACCGUCCACCAUGACCCCCUCCUCUACCUGCUCCACUGCUGCCUCCCCAGGCUUAACGCGAACAAGACCGCUCAGAGUCCCAGCAUCUUCCAAAUCACCAGAUAUCUCCAACUCUUCUCACUCAUCCACCCUAAAAAGGUCUCCGAACAUCAAGUCAUUCACUCGGCCACCACUCCACAGCGCAUUGGCUCCUCCUCAAGGCCACGGGCGAAAUGACAGUGGCAGCUUCUCUGACAAAUCCACUCAUUCCAAGGACUCAGGAAAGUCCAAUAAGCCAAGCUGGAGAUGACAGGAGAUAUAGAAAAGUCAAGCCUUAAUGGAGUGUUUCCUACUCUCUACUACACUUGAGCAUAUUAUUGUUUCCGAAGUAAACAAGAGUACUAUUAAUGUAGGAAAAGGAGAUGCAGUCCCAUGCAAAACAAAGGAAAAUGAAUAAAUUUUGCUUAAAACAGUAAUCCUUUUCUUUGUUGUCAAGCCUCACUAUGUUAUGAAAAAUAUGUUUUUUUUUGUCUGCAUAUAUAUUAAUGGUUAAAGGAGCUUGAAGCUCCUUUUAAGAAAUGAGACUCUCUAGCGCCACCCUUCACCACGACGGCCGUCGGGGGUACUGCAGCCAACAGUGAAGCCGGCACGGGAGAACGGGGAGAACGUGCAUGCAGCGUCAUGUGACGUCACAUCCACAGGACAGCGUGGGAAAUUCGGGACCGAAUUGCAGCACAUUUUGCAGCACACAGCCUGUUCAAGGCAACGGAGAGAUACACUAGAGGAAUCAUUUUUUUGGAUUUGGAACGCUUCAUCUGACAUUAUUACUAGAAAACUUAAAACGUAUACGAAUUUUUUUCAUAAAUUCUGCCUCAAUCCGGCCUCAAGCUCCUUUAAUACCAAGUUUGAGCAUAUAUAUGGAUUUUGUAACAAAAACUGUGGGUUACCUGUCCAAGGAAAAAAAUGGCUGGUUUCGCUAAAGCAAAUUUUUUUUUUU